AUGUAUCCAGUUGUUGUGAGUAGACAUUUUAUGGUACGUGUUAAUGCGCUAAUGCAGUUUCUUAAAACUGAUACUGAAAUAUUUGGCGGUAAAGUUAAAGAUCAUUGGUGGCGAAUCGAGUUUCAGAACAGAGGAAGUCCUCAUUUGCAUAUGGUUGUUUGGAUCGAAGAUCACCCGUCUGUUGCGACACCUGAAGGAAUAGCUCGCAUUGAUUCAGUCUGUAGUACUGCCAUUCCUCCAGAAACUUCAGAACUAUAUGAAUUAGUUAAAAAUUGUCAAAUAUAUCGACACACUAGUACCUGUACGAAAAAUAAUUCUGUUUGUCGUUUCAACUUUCCACGCUCGGAAUGCUUAGAGACACAUGUUAUUGAUCCUUCAUCUAACGAACUCAUCUACAACGGUGGUCGCAUUUGCGUUCUGAAAAGAAAAAGUGAAGAUGGUUGGGUAAAUAAUUACAGUCCUGCUUUGCUAAAAAUGUGGAAAGCCAAUAUGGAUAUACAACCGUGUGGUACAAAUGAGUCGAUUGCGUAUUACAUCGCUAAAUACGUGUCAAAAUCAGAACCUACAAACCUAGAUGGUGAAGUAUCUCGAGCUAUUCAACAAAUUAGAAGAGAAGAAACUGACGUCUCGCGUAAGCUGUUUAAAAUAUGCAUGCGCAUAUUAAGAGAACGUCAAGUUUCAGCCUGCGAAUGCGUAUUCAGGCUAUGCCAUUUGAGUAUGCGUGACAGCUCGAGAAAAACAAUUUUUGUCAAUACUCGUAAAGCGGAACAAAGGUAUAAAGUGUUGAAGUUUAAUGAAGCUGGUCAAGCAGCAGGAUAUUGUGCCAAUAUUUUCGAACGAUAUGAAAAGCGACCAGCAGAGCAUCCCAACUAUGAUUUUAACAAUAUGUGUCUCAUAGAAUUUGCGAUGUUAUUUGAGCCACACUACACAAAACCGCCAGUUAUAAAUGAAGAGAGCAUCGAUACCGAUGCUUAUGCACCGCACGAGCAAACAACAAGAAGGCGUCUUAUAACUUUAACAGACAACACCAAAAUGACUAUUAGAAACACGCCAGCUGUAGUACGGGUACCUAACUUCGUAGCAGCUUCUGAUCCAGAGUCAUAUUAUUACAGUUUACUAAUCCAGUAUAUGCCGUAUCGCAAUGAGGCCGAACUUUUAGAAAAAUUUAAUAGUGCCAGAGAUGCGUUUCUCGCCAACGAAGAAAGUUUAAGACAAACAAACGCCUACUUGGAAAUAUAUCGUGAACGUGACAGGCAGCUUGAAAAUGCAUUCGCGCAAGUACACGCAUUUCAGAUACUGGAACACGCAGAGCCGAUGGAACUAGACCAUGAAGAAGAAGUUCCUUAUUUGCCAAUGAAUGAAGACCAGUUCUUACAGGCUAAGCAGUCUAUGAAUGCAGGACAAAAGGAAAUUUUUACAUUAGUUACCCAGUCCAUACAAAAUCAAAUGUCAGGUGCUGAAGAACGUUUAAAAAUAUUCUUUACAAGAGGAGCUGGUGUGGGCAAGACUUUUCUAUUAAAGUUAUUACGAGACCAAAUUAAUAGGUGCUACGCAAAGGAUGCGGUUAAAGUCUGCUCACUAACAGGAGUUGCAGCUAGAUUAAUAAAUGGAGUUACGAUACACAGUACUUUAAAAUUGCCUGUACAGGUAUGUCACCACUGUCCGGAAACUAUUUGCGAAUAA